UCUUCAAAGCCAUUCUCUCCAUCAUCACACCUUUGUUUUUGAGAAGAAGAACAUAUAAAACAAUCCAACAUCAGCCUUCAAAACCCAUUUCUUUUGCUCUCCUGCUUCCUAAAAAGCUUCCUAAAAAUCAAACCCCAUCUUCCCAAAAAUACAAACACUUGUACUAAAUAUAUUAGUCCAUUCAUAUCACUCUGCUUAAAUCAACCCAAAAAAACCCCAAAUCCAAAACCCAAGAAUUGCAUGCCUUUGACGUCUCUUUGGGGUCCAAAGAACUCAACAAGAUAUACACUUGAUGUUGCAGCUUGUGCCAUAAAAGCAUGUGCAGCUUGUUCAUGCCAAUUACUAGGAUGGAGAAUUACCAAGGUGAUUUAACUGAUAUUCUUAGAGCUAGCAGUGCUGCUACUUCCGCCGCAGGAGCUUACCAUUCUGAUCAUCUUCUUCAUCAUCAUCAUCAAGAACCUGAAGCCGCCGCCGACAGCUGGCACUUCCCAUCUGACCAUCCUCCUCCCAUGAAAUUUUCCUCAGCGUCCUCAGUCAUGGAGGAGGAGGAAGAAGAAGAUUCCAAGGACAAUUUUGGCGAUCCCUUUUCAUCCUACAUGCGCGAUCCACUUCUUCAUGAACUGGACAUAUCGUCCAGCUCCAGCUUUUUCAGCAGCCCCAAUUCCUCAUCAGAUAUGAAUAUUAACAUCACUUCUGUGGAUGAAGCUGGCGGUACAAGUAGCACUUUUGGCGGUGCACAUAUAGUUCUUGCUCCUCCUCCUCCUCCACCUCAUCACCACCAUCUUCAUCAUCAUCAACAAGGUGGUGUUGUUGAUGGGGAUCCAAUAAAGAGGCCUUGCAACAUAUUCUCGCGGAUGCUUCAGAUCUCUCCGAGUGCAAAGGUCCCUGUGACGGCAUGUGACUCGCCGUUGCUGGGUGCAGCAACAGCAGUGUCGUCUCCACGGGGAAUUAGUAAGGCGGUGUCUGGUUCGAUAUCUGGUGCCAUGGUUGGAAGCGACAUGAUUAUUAAUGGGAACAGCUCAUCAGGAAAAGGUUGCUUGCUCGAGAACGCCGGGGUGCAGAUCUCAUCUCCACGGAAUCCGGGCAUCAAGCGAAGGAAGAGCCAGGCAAAGAAGGUUGUGUGCAUUCCGGCGCCUGCGGCGGCAAACAGCAGGCCAACUGGAGAAGUAGUUCCAUCUGAUCUGUGGGCAUGGAGAAAGUACGGUCAGAAACCCAUCAAAGGUUCACCUUAUCCAAGGGGUUACUAUCGAUGCAGCAGCUCAAAGGGUUGCUCAGCAAGGAAACAAGUAGAGCGUAGCCGGACUGAUCCAAACAUGUUGGUCAUCACUUACACUUCUGAACACAACCAUGCCUGGCCAACUCAGAGAAAUGCUCUAGCUGGCUCAACGAGAUCCCAGCCAUCCAAAAACGGUGCCGGUUCGAAGACCUCUUCCAAUAGUUCUCAUCAGCCUCAUCAGAAGCCAGCAAGCCCUACAAAGGAAGAACAAAAUGAGACCAUGAAUGAUAAUAAUCAUGUGUCUCCAGUUAUCACUGCUGGGAGUGCUUCAACAGUGAAAGAAGAAUUUGAGGACAUUGAGAAGCAAUUGAAGCUUGAUCAUCAUCAAUUCAACGGUGAUCAUCAAGCAGGGUUUCCGUAUAGACCAUCAAUGCCUGAUGAUCAGUCCAACCAGUCUCAUCACAAUGAGGACUUCUUUGCUGAUUUAGGAGAAAUUGAGGCUGAUCCACUAAAUCUCUUGUUUUCACAAUGUUUCACAGCAGAUGAGCAGCAAAAGGGAAGCAAGGCUGCAGCCUUGGAUCCAUUCAAUCUCUUUGAUUGGUCUGGGGAUCAAAACACCAACAACAACAACAACAACAACGCCACCUCAUUUGGUGAAGCAGCUAAGAGGCGCUUAUAACAAGACCAAGAUCACCACCUUGAAAAGAUAUUAUCAACAACAACAACAAACAAACAAACCUCCCCUACAAAAACAAGAGUUAAGAGAGUAUACUCUUUUUAAGUUAGUUUUUUCUUUUCUUUUUUGGUGGUGCAGUUUUAAUAACCUUGUCUUUCUGGUUUGAAUUAAAUUUUACAUGUGGGGGUGGGGGGAGAUGACUACUUUUCUAUUUUUUAACCU